CAAAAGCAAACACUCGCACCCCAAUGCUACCCUGGCAGCGGGCGGUCAGUACUGCGGUGACCACAGUCGGGUUUAUUAAUUUGCCAGUUGCUCGCCGGCUUAAUAGCUCGUUAAACGUCGCGCGCCAGUGAGUAAAGCCGGGCAUCGGGACGACCGUUCGCAUCAUGCACAUUCGCCACAGUCAUUUAAUCCUGUACCUUGCCGUUGUUGGUGGGUUUGUGGUUGCCGCGGAUUUUCCACCCCAGCGGCACAGCCCUAAACGCGCUCGGAAGCAAUCGCAAACCGCGAUCCUGCAAUCGGUCGGUAAGCGAUCGCACGGUAACCGAGACGCGUUGGUUUCGCUGUCCGAGGAGCUGGAGAUGGUGGCUGCCGCAGAGGCGACGACCGUCUCCAGCAAGAAAGCAUCGCCAGCGACGGUUGCAACGCCCGGGAAUGCCACCGCAGCAGCAGCACCUGUCAUCACGACCACAACGGAAAGUGAUUUGUUUCGCUCGUACAUGCAAACGCACCGCAAGAAGUAUUACGCCAAGUAUCGGGCCGACCGGAGACGGUCCGCGCUGAUGGAAAACAUGCAGGAGAUCCAGGAGCACAACAAAGCGUUCGAGGCCGGCAGCAAUCGAUUCCGCAUGGCACCGAACGCGUUCGCCGACAUGCACAACAGCGAGUACCGCAAGCGCCUGGUACGGCUGAAGAUGGACCCGCACCGGAAGGUGGAGCCGGCGGUCGCGGACGAGAUCGUCAGCAGCAGCAACGAGCUGCCGGCGGAGCUCGAUUGGCGCGAGAAGGGCUUCAAAACGGCACCGGCCAAUCAAAAGACCUGCGGCUCCUGUUACGCCUUCAGCGUGGCGUACGCCAUAUCGGCCCAGCUAAUGAAGCACAUCGGCCGGGUGGAGCUGGUGAGCGAGCAGCAGAUGGUGGACUGUUCCACCGCGAACGGCAACUUGCGCUACCAGCAAGUGCGGCGGAAAUGCAACAAUUUGAUGUCGGUGCCUUGCUGCAAUCGCCCGACUGAACGUGUACGACCGUUACGAUCCGUUACCCUACCGACAGCGACGCCCGCCAACCUGCUUGCCUGACGUACAUAAUUUAAUGCACCUGUAGCUGCAUCGAAAACACAAAGCCCCAGUCAGACAACACGCUGACGCUGAGUGCAUUGUUGCAGUUUACGCCUACCUACCUAUCGGUCUACCAAUCGGUCGUGGCGGGAUCUAUAAAUAAGUUGACGGGCGUCUCGGAACAGCAACACAACCGAGCACCGUCACCGGGAUGACUGAUAACAAUCAAUGUCACGCCAUCAAAGCUGCCUCCCCCACCCACGUGAGGAGAAGGGAAAUCAAUUCCAGAAGGCCCCCGGGGGAAGAUGGUUUGGCAUUCCAAUUAAACCUCAAUAAACAGUUCCCCUUGCUUAUCAGUGGGCGACGGCAGGCUGGUGCUCCCGUUGCUGGUGAAAGACAUGCCCAUUAAGCCAUGUGUUGCUGUGUGCCGUUUGUCGGACUUCAUUAGAGCAUUAUGUUUGUGGCGAAAUAACAAAAAAAGGGAGGAAUCCAAGGAUGUAUGCAUUUUAAUGAGCUUGUAAUGUGGGUGAGCAGCUUUGCCAUAAUCCUCGCUGAUGUAGGUUUCAGUGAAACAAAUCCAUUUAAACGUUCUUUGCGAGAUGUGUUUGGAAAAAGGUGUUAUCUUGCUCCUUUCUUAUUAGAUUUUUAAAUUGAAAAUGUUCGAUUGGGUGUACCCAAUAGGAAUAGUAGUAGGAUAGGAGUCAUAAAACGAAUGUUUGGUAAAACAAAAGCAUUUGCGAACUUUCUCAAUACUGAAUGGGGACAUAUGCUCGUCUACAACAUAGUUGUCUUGUAAUAUCAUCUAAUAAAGAAUAAAUCGAAAUGGCUUACUUUCUGUUUA